AUGAGGUGGGGCAUCUUCAAGUCAAUCUUCAAGGCUCUUUUACAAUCUGCUUGGACUAUUAAGAUGAUUUGGGAAGGCCAAGCUGUGAUACCGUCGCGCGGAGAGAUGCAAGCAGACGACACUGAUGACCGACUCACCAACAACAAUCACGUCUACGAUACUGCCAAAUACGCCGACAUUGCUGCCAAUUUCGUGCGGUGCAGAGGAGUGUGGAACAAUCAGCUGCGCUGGAGGAGGGGCCGGGGAGUGUCUUGCUUUGCCAAUGAGAAGAGGGUAUGCAUGCGGCUGCCGACCUCGUACGUGGACGGUUUCUUGUACCAGCACGAUCUUAGUAUCCACAACAACAGCGACAUUAACUUUGAGGCCGUCAGAAUCGACUCCCCCGAAAACCAGCUCUACGACAUCGGCACCAAGUCAGCCACUAGCUGGGUUGAAGAGUUUUGCAAAGAUACCAACAAAAAACGGAGUGACGGGAAGUGGUUUGAUGCUGCGGUCGAUGGCAAACUCGUCAAGACUAAGGGUAUCAAGGUCUUCGAAACCGGCAGCGAAGACACUGUAUCUUCGUACAAGUUCACCAUCCACGUUGUCAAGCCCAAUAACAACGCCGACGGAAGCUUGUGGGGUGCGAUACUAAUGGACGCGGUUCAACUCUGGCCUCCGCUCUCGAAUGGCUGA